AUGGAUUCCUUCUUGAAGAAUAGAAGAGUGACCAGCGCUGGGCCUGACCCAGAAAUGGGUGAUGUGCAUGCUGAGACCGCGUAUCAAACAGCCUUGAGCCAAACCGGCAGUGGUGAUCCUACAGCAGCUACUAGCGGAAGCUGGCAGGGCGAGGCGUCGCCUGGAGCAUUAGAGCAGGGCCAAGCUGCUAAGCCUGUGGCGAGUCCUUUCCAUUCGCAGAAGGUGCAAGCGGAGAUUGACCUGUUGAGGAGUCGGCCAAGCACGUUGGACCAGGACGCCCAACGGGUCAAUGUGGAGAUAGAUGAAGCUGGCUUAGGAGAUACAAAUCAGGCAGGUAGGGAGCUGGAGCCGCCUUACAGCGAAGGCGAUUUCAGUGCUACACCAGUCCGUGUGGCCCGACUGGAGCAUCGGACUGAGAUUCGCCCUGAGGCGGUGGUCUCCAGAACAGCACAGUGCGACGUGGGGCAGGGUUGGCGUGCGGAGGCCUCAGAGCCUACAGAGUAUGGGCCAGUGGAGGUGCUGGCGUCAGCAGAGAGUGCUCAACCUGCUCCUCUUCCCGACCGGUUGAGUGAGCAUGAAGGGUUGACAGGUCGACCGCUACCCGGUGAUCCUCGUGAGCUUGUGCCAGUCGCAGAGGGCUUGCCGUCGGAUAUGGAGGCAUUGUUGCGACAGGUCUUGGAGGAGAACCGGAAUCUCCGGGCACGUCUGGAGCAAGCGCAGUUGGAGACGCAAUCCAGCUGGCACAGUGGAGGUACGCGAGCUACUGGCCCUGAACCGGACCUUGUACAGCGUGUGCCAGAGUUUGUACAGCAUUCGCCUGUGUCGUUUACGCCGGGUCAUGGGGGUGCUCAAGUAGCUCCGUGGAGGAGUGCUGUGCAACCCUUUGCGAUGUUGGGUCCAGAGGUGCUCCCCAACCACCGUGAAGGGAUAGAAGUGAGAGGUAUGGGUGAAGCGUUUGGGUUAGGGUCCGGGGAAGGGGCUUCGGCAAGGGCCGACUUGGAUCGCUAUGCUGUUGCAGUCCCCAAGCCUGUUGUCCAGAGAGCUUUGCCUGCAGCAGAGGUGCAGACUGUGCCUCCCCGCAUGAUGGCUGUGAGCCAUCCCAUGCCUGAAGCUGCCAGCCAAUCUCUGCAAAGUCACUUGCCACUGAACGCAUAUCAGAGGUCUUCCUUAGCUGCAACAUCCUUCGUUGCACCGGCAACGAUGCCUCGUCAACCUCCUGUACUAAGUCAAGGGGUAGGUGAAGUGCCAGGGUCGGUAGGUGUUGGGGCCAUAGAGGGUAGCCAAGGGUUUCAUACUCCUAGGUCCAGCGGCAGAGGGGUGGGAACUUGGGGUGUGAGUAGCGACGGCUAUCCUGUUUCGCCAGGUGGUACUGUCAUCAGACCUCCGCCAGGGCCGCCUCCCGAUUCGAGGGCCUGGCCCCAAUCAGGACAGGUUGUAGGGUUGAGUGGGCAGUCAGGGUCCAGUGCAUCCAUGCCGGAGAGGCCGGAGGAGCCAGCGAAGUACAUCUUUGAUCUGCCUAAGCUGCCAUCGGCUGACAUUGCCACGUCGGCAGUAACGUGCGGCAACUGGUUGGGGCAAGUUCGCCAAAUUUUUACAGGGCUAAGCCCCACUGCAGCGAGUUGGUAUGCCAGUGUGGAGUCUGCGGCAACAGCCCAAUAUCAACGUUGGCUAGUUGCGGAUCCUUUAGACAGAUUAGGUCUUGACCCUGCUGAUGUUGUAGCGCAUUUCGACGUCUUCAAAUACCAAAGGGUAGAGUCCAGAGCCGUAUCAUUGGUCCUAGCCGCAGUUCCCAGUCAUGUGAGAGAUGAAGCCGUGUCCAACCGCUGGCUGUCUACGGCAGCACUUAUCUUCAGGAUACAGUGCCUGUAUCAGCCGGGAGGCUCGUCAGAGCGAGCAAUGCUUCUUCAUCAGCUAGUGAACCCUGAAGUGGCUAAGUCGGUAGGGGCGGCAGUGACAAUGCUGAGACGUUGGAUGCAGCACCUGCAGCGUGUAAGAGAGUUGGGGGCAUCUCUCCCAGACCCGUCACUAUUGCUACGGGGAAUAGAUCAAGCUACAUCGGGUCUUCUUGCGCAGUACCCUGCGGUAGGGUUUCGGGUGAAUGCUUUCAGACAUCGGGUAGCUUUGGACUACAAUCCUUCAGUGUCCUCGGUUGUGAGUCUUGACGUUGCUGCUAAAGCGCAGGAAGUCCUUUUCGCUGAGGCUGCUAAGCUUUUGCAAGGGGCCAAUCUGAAGACGUUGCAUCUUUCUGAGGUUUCGGAGGAGGGAUGUCUUAAGGAGUUGGGCAUUGACAAGGGUUGGUUGAUUAGUGCCGUGGCAAGUGCAUCAGAUCAGAAAUAUGCGCUCGUUGAUUCUGGAGCGACUAACGCCUUACGGCCUGCAGAACCGGGGGAGUUGGAUUCGUCCAGGGUCAUAAGGGUUGAUCUGGCCAGUGGGGUAACGGAACUUCACAUCAACAAACAGGGCACCCUUCUUAGUGAAGGUUCCUGUCAAGUUAUCAUUCCCGCCGGCUACCUUGUUCAGCUGGGUUUCUCCAUCACCUGUAAAAAAAGGGGUUGUGUCAUCAAGAGACGAGGUCAGGCGGCCCUUGAUGUUACGGUGGUUAAAGGGUGCCCCUUAGUAUCCCGGGAACAAGGGUUGAAGCUGGUGGCGGAGUACGAGGGCUUGCAAGAACGGGGUGAGGUUCCACUGCUAAAGCCGGCGACGACCGUAGACGAACCAGUGUUUGCUAGGGAUCAGGCGCGGGCGUGGCUUGCGGCUAAGGUCGCGGGUGGAACUCUCACUCGGCAAGAUCAGCUUAUUUGGUUACGUAGUAUGUUUCCCCAUGUCCCCUAUGAAUUUCUUACACGCGUUGCCGGACAGGACGCUUCUCUGGAGGGGCUCAAUUCGGAAGGAGUUCCAUGGAACCGCCGACGACGACGGACUAUCUCACGUGCAAAGCCGGGGGAGGUCUUGGUGCAUUUGUUCGCGGGUCAGCAAAGGUGGAGAGUUCCAGGGGUUGUUGUGGAAGUGGAGAAGUCCAGGGGGGCAGACCUUCUAAGUUCCAAUGUGUGGCAGCACUUAAUUGUGUGGGCUACGCUUGGGGUGGUGGGCGCCGUUCUCGGGGGUCCACCGUGCCGAACGAUUAGCCGUUGUCGUGCUGAACAAGAUGGAGGACCUCCUCCAGUCCGUGAUCGGGGCGAAGGUCGCUGGGGCCUGGAUGGCUUGUCCGGGGGGCAGUUGGACAUCGUGCGUGAGGAUAGUGUUCUCUGGCUUCGUUUCUUAUUUCUGUACGCCAUAGCCCAAGCGGCUGCGGAUGGGCCUCCCUGUAUCCCUGCUGCCGGUGGUGCAAUAAGCAAAACCGCCAGCUCCCCUACUUUGUGUGGGUCAUCUGAUGGUAUGGCGACGCAGGGUUCCGGGGUUGCAAUGCCUACUGAAGUAACCGAUCCUCUUGAACUUGCGCAGUGGGCUCUGCAGCAGGCGGCUGCGAACCUUGGUUUCUCCAGUGAAACGGCCAAGGGAUUUCAGGGCACGGGCCAUCAGCAAUUCCUGAGGGAUGGGCGAUUGGUUAUGUUCGGCUGGGAGCACCCUCGAGACCCUGAAGAGUAUUUAGAGCAAGCGUUGGCUCCUCCGAGGGGUUGGGCCUCGUGGUGGGCCUUCCAGGAGUGGUCUGAUUUCUCCAGUGUGUAUUCGACGUAUCUGGCCCGAUUUGAUCAGGGUAAGUUUGGGCAUGUACGGCCGAAGCCAACGUCGUUUGCUACCAACUCUUGGUUCCUGUAUGAGGCCUUGGAUCAGCAAUUUCUUACUGAGAGUGAAAGGCAGCGGUUUGGAAAGGGUCCUAGUGCUGGCAAGUCUCGGCUUCAGGAGGCUCCUACUUGGGCUCGUUGGGCUCCAGGGUUGUCGGCUGCCGUCCAGGCCGCAUGGUGCUCUUGGAAAAGGGAACAGGGAGAACAGGGGGUGGUGGAAGAGCGAAAAUUGUGGCUGGCCAAGUUGACUGAGGAUGAAAUGUUUCAGCGUCAUGUUGGUAAUGACCAUGUCCCUUUUCGGAAGGGUUGCCCGGUUUGUAUUGCAGCUCAGGGACGGCAGCGGAGUCAUUGGCGAGCUGCGGUUACGGGUCUGUAUUCGGCAUCAUUCGACUUGGCAGGGCCGUUUGUUGACGGACGCAGCUUUGAUCCGGUUGCUUCGGGAAGAGACAAGGGUCGCGGGUACAGGUUUUUCUUGGCUUGUGCUUUCACCGUACCGGUCUCCGGUGUACCGGGUGUUGAGGAGCGUUCGGAGAUUCGCCUUGAGGGAGAUGAGGUUUCGGAUGAGCCGCCUAUGUUGGUAGAGGCUUCGGGUGAAGCGGGUGAUUUCGGUGCCGGUGUAAGCAAGGUAACUCAUCGCGUCGUGGGUAAGCGCCCGGAGUCACCGGACGAUCCUUCGGGCCCUGAUGACGGUGUUCGUUGUCCUGAUGCGUUUCCUCUUGAGGAUCCCCCGUUACCGCCACCGUCGGAACCUCCGGCCCCUGUCAAGACCCGGACCUUGUUCCUUGGGGUUCCUUUGCGGUCUAAGCGCUCUAAAGAGGUUUUUCCGGCCGUUCAGGCGGUUAUUAAUCGCUUGGAGUCGUACGGUUUUCCGGUACAUCGUUAUCAUGCUGACCGUGCCCAGGAGCUCCGGGCUCGGCCUUUGGUUGAGUGGUGCAGGACGCGCGGUAUUCACGCCACUUGGACUCCUGGUGAGGCUCCUGCGGGCAACAAAGCCGAGCUGGCGGUGCAACAGCUUAAGGGAUUGGCUCGUAAGCUGCUUGCGGUGGCGGAGUUGGGCCCGAGUUUUUGGCCCUUGGCUGUGUUGCAUGCGAGUCGCCGAAACUGGGCCCCGGACACGCCGGGCGGGCACCUUGUUCUUGUGGACUGUGAUGGGGAAGAGAAAAAGGUGUUGUUGACUAAUACGGUGUAUCCCCUCGGCCCCAAGACCCCCGAGCUCAAGAAACCUAAGUAUCGCCUUCGAGGUAAGAGUGCACCGGAUUUCGUGCUCAGGACGGUGCGUGUGUCUGAGACCUGCAUUGUGGUGCCUGAUGUGCAGGGUUCCUUGGCCAGGUUGUCACCUGGGGGGGAGUGGGGUAAAGGUGAGCUUGAGUCGGAUUCGGAAUCGGUGCAAAAUGAGUUUGAGUCCGACUUUGCUUUGGCGCACGGGGAUGAAAAGCUUGCUAAGAAAAACUGUUUUGAUGAAUCUGGCAGAUUUCGCCUCGAUGCAGAUGGGGAGCCGAGGGAGUUGCUAGAUGAAUGGGACGCGAGCCUAGGUGGUCUAGGCUGCUUGCAUUUGUGUAGGGACUCGGAGGCAUUCUUAAAAUCCUGCCUAGAGGCUGAAAAUUAUGAGUUUGACAUCUGUUUGGAGGUGCUGCGACGAUGUGUGAAGAGGUUCCCCUCGCCUAAACGGUCUAUCCUCGAAGGGGACAGAACCUACGCGGUCCUAGGACUGUAUUGUCAAGGGGGUCUGAGGGGUAUCACUCGCUACGCUAAAGGAAACGAGGACCUCACACGUUACAUCAAUCGUUUUGUCGCGCAUCAUUACCCGGAAGGUCAAUGGACUACGCUUUACCUGUCACGAAACACUGUAGCUCCUAUGCAUCGUGAUGCCCGGAAUGGUAACGGAGGGCUCGCCUGGAUAGUAGGCCUGGGGCAGUUUCAAGGAGGAGGCUUGUGGAUCGAAAAAUGUCAAGGGCCAACGUUAAGAAAGCUGCCGGAUGGCAGGGUAAAGCCCGGAACAGUGCUUAACAUCCAUGAUGAACCUCAGCUUUUUGAUAGUACAGGGUGGCAUGAAGCAGAGGCCUGGGUUGGUGAAGAUCGCUGGGUGAUUGUGGCAUAUGCUCCACGGGAUUUUCAGGCCGUUGUCCCUUUGUACCAGGAUGCUUUAAAGGGUCUGGGGUUUCCAGUGCAGACUCUCCUGAACGAUUCGACGAGAAGGGAUGGGGAGUACGGUGUAAGUUGGAUGUCGAAGCUCAAGGAUAUUGAGUAUGAUGGAGGAGCUUCAAAGCAUUGGGGUGACUCUAGUUUGGAGGGUUGUGGGCUUGAUCUUUGGGAAGUUGAUUUUCCGUGCGAGUUGUUGGACGAGGAGUCCUAUGAAGCCGGAGUGGCUAUGCAUCAAGCUGCUGUGCACUUUAAGACCCGAACAGCUCAAGAGCUCACCGACGCUGUAAGGAACGGGUAUGGACGUGAAGUUGUCGAAAUGCUUCGGGUUGCCCGGUUAGAGUGUGAAUGGUACGAAAGUCUCUUGGCGCGGGAGCAGCCGGCUGUAGAGCUUCAAGGCAGCAUUAGGGCCAUUUGUACGGAUGUGCCUCUUGGAACCCAUGAUCCAGAGCCUGAUGAGAUUUUUCGUCAAACUCGUACGAUUAGCUUGGAGCAAGCUAGGCAAGAGUUGCCGCUCUGGAGGCCAGCAGCCCUAGAGGAAGUACAAAGCCUAGAAACAGUCACUCAAGCGGUCGAGCGUGUCAGUACUCAGGAGGUGAACAAGUGGGUGUCGCAGGGGUAUAAGGUGCUGCAAAUCCCGGGAAAGGCUGUCCUGACAAGAAAGGCUGGCGUAGGUCGCCGGAGAUUCAGAGCAGUUUGCUGCGGUAACUACCUGCAACAGGACCUUUCCGCCGAUAGUCUUUACGCGGCAGGUGUAGACGCAGCUACGGUAAGGACUGUGAUCGCGUUUGUCUCCCUCCAGUGCCACUGGGUGGGGGUAGUUGCGGACAUAAAAACCGCCUUCUUGCACGCCCCGCUGCAGCAGGUCAGUCAGCAAGAAAUUUGGAUUGUGAAACCGCCGCACCUCCUGGUUGACCUAAAAAUUUUGGAGCCCACCGACAGGUGGCGUAUCCUUAAGGCGCUGUACGGUCUCAAGACCAGUCCGCGGGAUUGGGCAAUGUACCGCGACGCUACAAUCAAGGAUCUUACGGUCAACCUGGGCGAGAAGGUGUAUCGGUUCUUUCAGGCGCAAUCAGACGAAGCCUUAUGGCUAAUUCGAGUUCCGGGUCUGGAAAUCGAGGCGGUGAUGGUAAUUUACGUUGAUGACUUUAUUGUUUUUGGUGUGCUAGCCUUGUGUCGUGCAGUCAUCGAGGUGAUACAGCAUACUUGGAAGCUGUCAGACCCGGAGUGGCUAGAGGUAGGGAAGACGGUGAAGUUCUGCGGUCUGGAAGUGGUACGUACGGCGUCCGGGUUCCGAGUAACGCAAGAGUCAUAUCUGACAGAGCUAUUAGCCAAGUACAGUGUCGAUGACGUGGCGCCUGUACCGAUGGUGAAAUGGCAGGAACCGGAAGAGCAGGAAGAGUUUGGGCUGGCUGACGUCCGCGCAGCACAAGCUCUUACAGGGGCUCUACUAUGGAUGUCCACGCGGAGCCGUCCGGACCUUUCGUAUACGAUUGCCCGCAUGGCUCAGUACUCCACUAAGUCCCCGAAAUUUGUGGUGGCUAUGGGCCAUCAAGUUCUUCGUUAUUUGAAGGGAACUGCCAGCAUGGGGUUAGAGUAUACGAACUCCGUCAAGGAUAUGUGGGCGCCGCAUGGGCAGUUGGCGCGGCCACGGACAAACACGGUGCUUGAACUGUACAGUGACGCUUCGCACGGGCCAGCAGGUGCACGUUCAAUGCAAUCUUCUUUUGUGCUGUGGCGAGGAUCUUUGUUACUCUGGGAAUCAACCAAACAGCCGUUUAUUACGCUGUCAUCUGCCGAAAGCGAGCUGGUAAGUAUGACUAAUACCAUACAACUCGGAGAAGCCAUGCAGCCAGUAGUAGAAGAACUUUUGGAGGAUACGAUUAGCUUGAUGUUACUCGGCGACAAUACGGCAUCGGUUCGAGCUUUCGAGGUCGCGAACUCCAGUUGGCGUAAUCGCCAUUUGCGCCUUCGGGCGGCUGCCGGUAGAGAAAGAGUAGAUGCCGGAACCCUAGUAGUGACCCAUCUACCUGGGGACUUUCAGAUUGCAGAUGUAGGUACGAAGCCACUGGCUAGGCAGAGGAUUUUCCAACUUCUUGCGUUGGCCAAUGUGAGGGUAUCAUCGCCGGAAACUCCGGAAUCAUCGACCCUCAGGGCUUUGAGACGCCUAGCCUGGGAGCAGGGAAGUUCUGUAGGAAUUUCGCCGGCCACUUUGAUUGUGUUGAUGCUGCUAGCACGGAUUCAGCCUGGAGAAGGGUGCCGUAGCAACCUGUACAGUGGGCUGGGGGUAUUGCUACUAACAGACGUAAUUUCGCCUGUCCAGGCACAGCCAUCCAGGGACCUCCAAGCUUGGCAGGGACUUUUGGGGCUGGGUGUCGGUCUGGUUUUUGUGGUCACGGUUGGACUAGUGAGAGUGUGGUGGAGGUUGCGCGCCAGGAUGUUGUUAUAUGAAAGACUUACCCCUGAGAUGCAGCUCUCACCGAACGUAGGAGCUUUUUCCACUUCCUCCCGUAGUCCAGAGUUAGUGUAUGUUUCUCCACGGCUACGCGUCCAGCAAUCAUCCUCUAGUUCAGGAGUCUUGGGACAAGCUGUUGCUCCUCCGGACACCCGCCGUGGCCAUGAGACGUUGACCGGUGAUGACACCGGGGGCCUGCCUACAGUGCAGAUUGGGGGGAGCACGGGUAGUGGAAACGCUCAUGAUGCCCGUGAACUUCUUGGUGCUGUAGAGACUCGAGAUCCUGAAGCAGUGAGUCGCAUCGUGCACGGCCUGAGGUCGCAGCUGGUGGUGUGGAGAGUACGUGAUGAGCAGACGCACUUCUUACGCCGAUUGCUGGCUAUAUUUGGGGAAUGUUUUGUAGGUCUUUUAGGGGAUAGGUGUCUUGAAAUACGGGAGCUGCGUGAGGUGGCUCGUACUUAUCGGUAUGGCAUAGACAAUGCUGUAGACCGGUAUCGGCACCAGUCAUCCCUAGAGGGAUACCAAUCGAGGGGCUUGCAAGUGCACGAUGUGGCAGGCGCAUACAUGCAGGCCAAUCGGAAUUUAACCCCGGAAGAAGAUAGCAGUGACGGCGAUGUUUCAGAGAUAGCUGCGGUGCCUCAUGGACUUCAGCUGCCAGAUGAGCCUUUGGCGCAGGCGGUUCAGCUGUAUUUUGCCGGAGGUGAGAACUUGUUCGGGAGAGAAUCGGGAUCUGGCGAUGAAGCUUCAGCAGCAGACCCUAUUGAUGAUUUGGAGUCCGAUGGCGGGGUAGAGCCGACAGGGGCCAAUGUGUUGGCAUUGGGGGUAGGGGCAACCUAUAGUGCAGAAGAGGAGUCUUUGCUCGUGGGCUACAUUGAUGAUGUACUUCGCGUCCCCCUUCCGGGUUGGUCGCAGGAAGCCGUACAGACAGUCGUAGAUGGUCUGGCGGGUGGGGAUUGGCGGGAGUUUCAUGACGCCUUGCGCUCCCACGGAGUGCCGAGUGAUUUUACGUCUGCAGAGGAGUUCACGUACACAUGCACAGAAGGGAGUGAAAGUGAUUUUACUUCUGCAGAGGAGUCCAUGUACACAUGCACAGAAGGGAGUGAGAGUGAUUUAAAUUGGGGAUUGUUUGCCGGGGCUGUAGUGCUAGUAUGGAUUUCGCAACACAGGGCGGUCGGGGUUGGACAAUGUGCUGGAACAAACGCUUCGACGAGUGAGCACGCCUAUGCUUUCUUUUGUUGUCCUAUGCUGGCUUGGGGCUUGGCGGCUCUUUACCGCGCAUGGGUAUGCUUCAACUCCAUUGUAUGGGGAGGUUCCCUGUCGAUCACCGACCUCUGCCGAUUUGUACUUUCAGAGCGGCCCUGUACCUUUCAGUUGCACCUUCCAAGAGCUUCGCGUUCCGCCUCAGAUGCCAGUACAUCGUGGCCCAUCAUGUUCCUGAUCGCCUUGAUCCUGAUCUUUGGUCUCGCAAAUCCUGCUGAGGCACACUCGGUGCAGUCAGGCGAUGACCGUUCGCUUGUUCUCUUCCGUGAAGACCAGCGUCAAGUGUGUUGGAGCAUACCUGUUGAGAAGUGCUAA